AUGGAAAUAAAAUUUGUCAAAAUAGUAACAGCUCAGGACGACUUGCAGAAUGUGUUGUAUGUAUCUGAAACGGGCAACGUGACCGACAUCGAUGCGAGGUGCUCACCACGAAUUGCUCUUACAGCGGCUGAGUUCCUCGCUUACCAAUGUGGACGGCACGUGGUUGUUGUUAUGACAGACAUGACCGCGUAUGCUGAAGCACUUCGAGUG